AACAGCUAGUUGGAUAAUAAAGUGCUUUUUUCUUUUAUCUCGUAAACUUUAUAAGCGGAUACAGUGAUUUAUAAUCUCGAACGACGUCACUUACUAGUAUGGUCUUCACUAGCAAGUGAUUUUUUAUCUUCCUGACUUUUUAAAAUUGUGAUAAAAAAAAUACGUAUUCUGUAUUUCUUGGAACUCUGACUGAGUAAACAGAUUUCUUUCAAGUUUCCAGUCAAAUUCCUAAUCGCAAAACUUUAUUUUUUUUCUUUACUCAACCUAAAGAAAACAUCUUAUCUUCUUAAAUACUGAGAUUCUUUUCUAUUUUGUUUCAGAUCAUGUCCGGAUUUAAAGAAGAUAUUCUUACUGGCGAGGCCGAAGAAGAAUAAGGAUAUAGCCAGAAGACUUCAAGAACAAUUUGAUGAUGUGCUUUACGACAGAUUGAGGAAGGAAUGUCCGAACUUUAUCCAGAAGAUCAGUAUUGUUGAGGGUGACAUGGGGCAGGCGGACCUCGGCAUGUCUCCUGAGGAUCGCAUCAAAGUUAUGAAUGAGGUGGAGGUUAUUUUCCAUGGCGCCGCUACAGUGAGGUUUGACGAGCCCUUGAAGACAGCUGUGGAAAUCAACGUCAGAGGAACCCGUGAUAUGUUGAAGCUUGCCCGAGGAUGCAGCAAGCUGAAGGCAUUCGUACACAUCUCAACAGCAUACAGUAACUGCGUACAGGAUCAGAUCUCUGAAAAGUUUUACGAGAGUCCUCUCCCGGGAGACAAGCUCAUAGACAUUGUGGAAACCAUGGAUGUCAAGACCAUUAACAAUAUUACGCCCGGAUUACUUGGAGAUUUCCCGAACACUUAUGCUUACACCAAGGCUGUAGCUGAGAACAUUGUUCAGGAGUACUCCAAGGGCUUACCGGUAGCUCUGUUCAGACCAGCGAUAGUUAUUGGUACUUCAAAAGAACCGGUUGCUGGUUGGAUUGAUAACGUUUAUGGACCUACUGGUGUGGUGGUAGGGGCAGCAGUCGGUCUCCUCCACGUGUUAAACUGUAACCCCAAGGUCUUAGCCGACCUGGUGCCCGGAGACAUGGUGGUGAAUGCCUGUAUAGCAGCCGCCUGGAAGACGGCACGGGAGUACCCCAGCAACCACGAGGACGCACCACCACCAGACCUGCCCCCACCAGUCUAUAACUACGUGUCCUCAGAGCAAAACCCUUUGACUUGGGAGAAAUUCAUGAAAUACAACGAGAUCUACGGGUUCCAAGUACCAACGAUCCAAGCAGUCUACUACUACCUAUUCCACAUCACAUCUUCUAAGUUCUUCUACACUCUGUUCUGCUUCCUUCUGCACUGGAUACCUGCUUACAUCAUCGAUGGUAUUGCUGUUCUUAUCGGGAAGAAACCAAUGUUAAGAAAAGCCUAUAGAAAAAUAACAAAAUUCUCCGAAGUGAUGGCGUACUUUGCAACGCGAGAAUGGAAAUUUGACAACUCAAAUACUCAGAAACUUUACAGCGAGCUCUGUGAUGCUGAUAAGCAUCUUUUUGACUUCGACAUGAGUGCUUUGGACUGGAAUGAUUACUUCUACAGCUAUAUCCGUGGAGUCCGAGUAUAUCUGUUGAAAGACCCCGUGGAAACUGUCCCGGAAGGUCUAAAAAAGUUGAACAGACUUAGAAUGUUGCAUUAUACGUUCUGCGCCAUCCUUGGACUGCUCUUCUUGAGGGCUAUAUGGGCAGUUUUAAGUACAUUCUUCUAGUUUUUAAAUAGUUUUUCAUUUUUGUGAUUAUCCAAAGUUUUGUUUGGUAAAAGUGUGUUGCUGUUGGCAACUUUAAAGAGUCGUUUCGCGAAACAUAUGUACAGCUCAUCUAAUUAAAUUACAUUUUUGCAAUCGUUAACGUCAGUGGAAAAAAGCUGGAAUGUAUGGACAUGACAGGUCAAGGUCACGGGACUUGCCGAAACGAUAUGUCAUUUCCAUACACUUUUUUUUAUUUAAUUUUUGUAUUUUUUUUGAAAUGUCAUUUGGUUAAAGGCCUGUUCUGGUCUCACGGAUUAGUCAGCGUGCUUUUAUUUAUUCAACAUCAUGACCAACGCGUAUUGUUUCUCCAAUGUAAGAGUCAGCGCUUAUCGGCAACAAAAUAGUUGCAAAACAGUCAUGCAACUGUCCUUCAACUGUCUUUUCUUCAACUUUUAUCAGGGUGGUAUGAUUAUUCACGCCAAACCCACUCGGACACGAUGCACAUCCCUAUGCAACAGAAAAAAACAGUUCCUUUUUAGUUGAGAAACAGUUGCAAAACUGUGGUGCAACUUUUUUGUUGCCAGUCAACAACGGCUCUUAAGCACUUAGCGAAGUAAGAAAACUAUUUACUUUAUAAUAACUGUAUAUAUUCGACUUAAUAGGUGAUAGUUAAAUUAGUUAAUAUAUAGUGUAAAUAAUAAAAUAUAAUAAGAUUAUCAUUAAGAAAUAUUCACAAAUACACACAAAGUUUUUUUAAGACCUCUGUGACUUCUUUACCGGACUCUUCAUUACUAGUUUGGCAUACAUACAUAGCUCUAUCCUUAUCUAACUGGAAGAAACGCAGAACAAAGAAAAGAGACAGGUAUAGUUUUCUGAAUAGUUUUUGAAAAAUGGUUACCCAAA